CACGUGUUGUCUGUAGUGCAUUUUAAAGAGCUAUAAUAAUAAUAAUCUUUGUUUUUAUUUUAUAAAAACUCAUCAUUCAUUUGAGGAUCCGCUGCUACAUUACAUUCUUUGUAAAUAUGUGAUUAUUUGACCCCCACCUUGAACAGCUUACCUGGAAGUUACCUGUGCGUCUGUACCUGCACCCUAACCGCCCAGUGACGGUUUAUGCUUUUGUUAUAGUUUUGAUCUCUAUCGGACACGUUGUACAGUAAAGAUGGCACACCGUGCAGUUGUACAUGUCCUUUUCGCGCUGGGACUCUUCCAUAAAAGUCGAACAGAUCUGAUCCAGACAGCUCAGACUGUGGAGGCAGCAGUGGGAGGAGAAGCCUGUUUAAACUGUCAACUCACACAAUCUAAAGAUGUUCUUCAGAUCACAUGGCAGAAAGUUUUAUCCAGUGGAGAGAAGGAUCUUGCCACCUACAGCGAACGCUUUGGUCCCAGAGUGAAUCCUGCCUUUAAAGAUAAAGUGGAGAUAAUCGAUUCUGGACUGAAGAACAGCUCCAUAGUUAUCAGGGAGGUGACGGAGCAGGAUGAAGGCUGCUAUCGCUGUCUGUUUAACGCCUACCCUGACGGUGCUCUCAUUGGCCGAACCUGCCUCCAACUCUAUGAGCUGCAUGAACCCAUUCUACAUGUUAGAGAAUCACAGUCUGUUGAAGAGUUAGUUGUGUCCUGCUCGGCCACAGGACGACCUGCUCCAACAGUAACACUGAGUGUCACACAACCACACCUCUACUUGUCACACAACAACACGGACAUUGUCCACGACGCCAACGGUACAGUCUGUGUCACCUCUACAGCUGUGCUGUCAGGUUUCCGUGACAACACUGCACAGGUGGGAUGUGCAGCGCGAGUGCUCUCUGGUCAGAAAGAGGUGUUUCUGAGGAUUCCUGAGGUCAAACAGACGUCUGAUGGUCUUAAUGAGGAAUCUGGAUCUGAUAACAGACAUUUCAUUGUGACUUGGAGUGUGUUGCUGCUCUGUGGUUGUGUAGCUGUCGUCAUAUUUGUCUGCAGUCGUAUUAAUCAAAAUCAGGAGAACAGUCUGUCACACAGGAACCAUGAGAUGAGUGAGAUUCCUCAAACUAACAACAUCAAUACGCCUCGACAAUCUGAAGACACACAGGAGACUGAUGGGAUCAGGAAACGGACACCUGAGACAAACCAAGAAAGUAAUCACUCAGCGUCUCCACCUUCACCAAAUUGAUUAAAAAACACAGGAGAACAGUCAGAUCAGAAGACGGACACCAGAGACAAACCAAAAAAAGCAAAGACUCGGCGUCUUCACCUUUACUAGCAAGAACACUUGAUUUUGACUAAUGUGAACUAUUUAGUAAAACUCAAUAACCUACAACAACGUGGUACCAGUGCUGAGACACUCAGACCUGAACAGAACUGAGAGACAAGACACUGAAAAACCUGAGAGUUUACACUGAAAUCCUCAGACUGGUCAAAGCUGUGAAUAUAACUCUGAACAAGCCUGAUUCAGAAAGAAUAAUGAGCACGGUUUUGUGUUGUGAUGUUUUUGUGCUUUUUAAAGUUUUUUAACCAUCUUAUCUUUUUAUACAUUUGAUACUUUUUGUGUUUACCUGCUGAUUUUUUUUACAUUUAAG